CCCCCCCUGUGCCCCCCCAGAGCGGGGAGCUGGUGGCCCUGAAGAAGGUGCCCCUGAGGAGACCCGAGGACGGGAUCCCCCCCCAGACCCUGCGCGAGAUCAAAGCCCUGCGGGAGAUGGAGGAGCACCCCCACGUGAUCCGGCUCUGGGGGGUCUUUGCCCAGGGUCCCGCCGUGGUUCUGGCCCUGGAGCUGCUCGUGGGGGACCUGGGGGGGCUCCUCCGGGCGGCCCCCGCCCCCCUGAGCCCCCCCCGCGUGAGGGCCCUGCUGGCCAUGACCCUGCGGGGGCUGAGGCACGUCCACGGCAUGAACAUCCUGCACAGGGUGGGUGAGACCCCAAAAACACCCCAAAAACACCCCAAAAGCCUCGGGGGGACCCCAAAAAUGGGGGGGGACACACAGGGAAACCCCCCUGCUGGCCAUGACCCUGCGGGGGCUGAGGCACGUCCAUGGCAUGAACAUCCUGCACAGGGUGAGAGACACCCCAAAAUAACCCCAAAACCCUCGGGGGGACCCCAAAAAUGGAGAGGGGAACCCCAAAAAUGGGGGGGAGAUAGAGGGAAAAACCCCUGCUGGCCAUGACCCUGCGGGGGCUGAGGCACGUCCACGGGAUGAACAUCCUGCACAGGGUGAGAGACACCCCAAAAUAACCCCAAAUACCUCGGGGGGACCCCAAAAAUGGAGAGGGGAACCCCAAAAAUGGGGGGGACACACAGGGAAACCCCCCUGCUGGCCGUGACCCUGCGGGGGCUGAGACACGUCCAGGGCAUGAACA